UGCUGCAGGGCCCUGGGCCUCGGCCGCAGGCUGAGGAAUCCAGGCUGUGGAGGGGAGGCUGCCCCAUUCCUCCUGCCCCCACCACCGCGGCAGUCCCAAGGCAGCCUCUGAGGCCUGGGCUCUGCUGCUGCCCCUACUACACACGGGCAGGCAAAGUGGCAGAGCAUCCCACAGGGACUGCACCAUUCCUGUCUGCCAGAGCCCCGGCUCCAGUGGGACCGCAGCCUCCUUGCACCACCACGGGGACCGUGCUUUCAAACCAGGACAGGCCUGGUGCAGUGGGUCCACAGCUGAGGCAUCAGGAGGGCACCCUGCAGCCACCAGCGAACACGGGGGGCACCUGCCAGGUGGUCGAUGGGAAACCAGAUGCCUCGGACGCAGGCAUCUCUCCCACUCAGUGCAGGCAGCGCCUGCGGGCUCGUCUCCCCUACCCUGGCUGCAGCCAGGUCCCUGCGCACGCACGCCUGCAGCCACAUCUCUGGGCGGGCUGCGGUCUGCGCUCUCUCUCUCUCUGAAGCCCUCUUCUCCCAGGACACACGCACUGUAUCCCAAGACAAAGCAGUGAACCACUGCAGUCCCACCCUGCCAUGCUGGGUGCACGGAGGCAAGGGGAGUUGCAGUCACUGGCAGUGGCUGCCAGAGGGAGACAGUUCCCCAGUCACCAAGCCGUUGUGCUGGAAGCUGCUGCCUGAGGAGGCUGCAGGCAGGAUUGAGCAUCCUCUCGCCCAGAGAAAGGGACAGGAGGCUGCUCAGGAGUGGCAGGAACGACAUGGGAGCAAGGCUCCAGGGAGCUGGAGCUGCCUCCAGACCGUCUGCUCCGGGGGCCCUGCCAGCGCUCUGCGUGGGAGCGGAGCCGUGAGCCAUCUGGGGAGGGAGCUGGAGAUGCGGGAAAGGCAGAGCCACGGUGAGUAGAGGCAGGGAGGGAGAUCCUGCUCUGGGUGCAGACUUCUUGCCCCUAACUCUGUCUCCUGCCACCAUGUUCCCACCGCUGCCCAAGAGGGUUGCCCGGCCCCAAGAGGGAUGGGAGCCAGGCUGGGCCCGGCGCAACAUGGAGCCAGCUGGCAGGGACCGGGGCUCCCUGCAGGACGUUGCUGCCUUCCUCCUGGAGCAGACCAAGUUCCACGGGCUGCGGUACGUCUUCUCAGGGCGGCUGUCCUGCCCGCGCCGGGCGUUCUGGGCGAUGGCCGUACUGGCCUCGCUGGCCCUGCUGCUCACCUGGUCGUCCAACCGCAUCCGCUACCUGCUGUCCUCGCCUGUGCACACCAAGGUGCACAUGGCCUAUGCCCGCAACCUCACCUUCCCAGCUGUCACCAUCUGCAACAACAACCUGCUGCUGCUGCGCCGCAUGGGCCGCGCCGAUCUGCACCUCGCCGGCUACUGGCUGGGGCUGCUCACCCAGCGGCUGCGGCCAGAGCCCGCGGCGCGCGAGCUGCUGCGAGAGGAGCGCUGGCGCUGGCUGGAGAAGCUGCUGGACUUCUCCCACUACCUGCCGCCCCCACAGCAGGGCCACAACACCCUCCACCUCCUGGACCGGCUGGGCCACCAGCUCGAGGAGAUGCUGCUUUCCUGUCGCUUCCGGGGCGAGCGCUGUGGGCCCCACAACUUCACCACCGUCUUCACACGCUACGGGAAGUGCUACACCUUCAACGCAGGGCAGGACGGGAAGUCCCCUCUCAUCACCGUGAAGGGCGGCACCGGCAAUGGCCUGGAGAUCAUGCUGGACAUCCAGCAGGACGAGUACCUGCCCAUCUGGGGCGAGACAGAUGAGACCUCCUUCGAAGCUGGGAUCAAAGUGCAAAUCCACAGCCAGGAUGAGCCUCCCUUAAUCGACCAGCUGGGGUUCGGGGUAGCACCAGGAUUCCAGACCUUUGUGUCCUGCCAGGAGCAGCGGCUUAUCUACCUGCCCCCUCCCUGGGGCGACUGCAAGGCCAUCACUGGUGAUUCCGAGUUCUUCGAUACCUACAGCAUCACGGCCUGUCGCAUCGACUGCGAGACCCGCUACCUGGUGGAGAACUGCAACUGCCGCAUGGUGCAUAUGCCUGGCGAUGCCCCAUACUGCACCCCCGAGCAGUACAAGGAGUGCGCCGACCCGGCCCUAGAUUUCCUGGUGGAGAAGGACAACGAUUACUGCAUCUGUGAGAUGCCCUGCAACGUGACCCGCUACGGCAAGGAGCUGUCCAUGGUGAAGAUUCCCAGCAAGGCCUCGGCCAAGUACCUCGCCAAGAAGUACAACAAGUCGGAACAGUACAUCGGAGAGAACAUCCUGGUGCUGGACAUCUUCUUUGAAGCCCUGAACUACGAGACCAUUGAGCAGAAGAAAGCCUACGAGGUGGCUGGCUUGCUGGGUGACAUUGGUGGGCAGAUGGGGCUGUUUAUUGGGGCCAGUAUCCUGACUGUGCUAGAGCUGGUUGAUUAUGUUUAUGAGGUUAUAAAGCACAAGCUGUGUCGCCGGGGCAAGUGCCGAAAGAACCACAGAAGGAACAACGCGGACCAGGGCGUUGCUCUGAGCAUGGAUGAUGUGAAGCGCCACAACCCCUGCGAGAGCAUAAGGGGCCACCCAGCUGGCAUGACAUACGCAGCCAACAUCCUACCUCAUCACUCAACCCGGGGCACUUUUGAGGACUUCACCUGCUGACUCGACGUCUGGAUGUACAACCAACACUACCAAAGCCCUCUGGAGAGCUGCCCCUCUCCCCGGGAGCGUCAGCGGAGGGGACACACCUAGGGACCUUGCUCCUAGCCACGGUGGGACACGGACAAGAACGAUGGCCUCGGUGCUGGGCCAGGCAGCAGAUGGUUGUGUUGGGUUGGUUUCUGACCCUGGAUACAGACUCCACAGCAGCUGCUCCCCUCCCCACCCCUAGUUUAGAGACUCUUGGACAUGCCAGCCCAGCUACACCGUGACGCGACGCUGGGGGCGUCUCUUCCUCAGCGCCCUGCGGGGAGCUACCGCACGCCGGGCUGGGCCCAGGCCUUGCCCCGCUCCUGCCCUCGCCUCCCCCUUCGUUUUUAACUAAAGAGAGCAAGGAACCCAGAAGCCAGGAAGAGUCAGCUCUGUGGCUGCGAAGGCACCAGGGGGAGGAGGCCCUCCCCCUUCCCCAUCCAUCCAUCUGUCUGCCUGCUUUCCCUUCCAUCCUGCUUCCACGGGGAGCCCUGGGAGGCAAGGUCGGGUGUAGGGAACCUGGUCCCUCUGCUCGAGUUGAGCCAGCUCUGCAGAGGGCCUUGCUCCCACCCAGGAGGCAGCCCCCGUGGGUGCUGGGCUGGGUCCCCCCUGCUUCAGCAGGAUGCUCCAGGUUGUCAUCCCUGGGGCAGGUGGAAGAGGGUGGCGAGAGCUGACCCCCGAGCGCCUCUGCUGCCUCUUGGGCACAGCCAGAGCGCUCUCGCUCUUGUGUCAGCCCCAGCGCAUCUCACUGUGUCUCGCUGAGUAUAGGGUCCUCGGGAGCCUGCUGCCAUAGGAAGGGCUCUGCCCUGUGCCCAGCGCGCCCGCUGUCCUCCAGUGCACCCGUGCACGGUGCUGCGAGCUGAGCCGAGGUCACGCCAGCUCCCUCCGUGAGCUAGUGUCGCUCUAGUCCUUCUAUCGCCAUCCUCUGCAUGAGCUGCCCUGCCCCAGCCCUAUGAGGUCUCUGUCCCCAGCCCCCACGGUGUAGAGGGCUGAGGCCCCCUCCCAGCCUCCACUGUGGCUGGCCCCAGGGGUGGAGGAGGGCUUUCCAAAGAACCCGAGGGGCCUCGAGCCGCUCUGCCCUCAAGCAGUCCCCAGGUGGAUGGGAAGUCGCUGCGGAAGGGGCCUCUCCACUGCCUGACGAGCCCCCUGCACAGGGGCGAGUGCAUUGGGUGGGCAGGGGAUGUGGGGGCCUGACCACAUCUCCGCGAUGCCCGUUACCGCGCAGGCAGUGGUGGUCCAGGGGGAGCCUGCCCAGUAGCAUGGCCUCUCAGCCCAGCUGCUCCCAGGCUGCCCCUCAGCCCGUGGAGCAGCCGGACACAGGUGUGACCCCCCCAACAAGGCCCUGGUUCAGCUUUCCCAGGGCAGCCACAUGCUGGCAGGUGCCUGCCCAGAUCCUCGUCCCCCAGGGAGUACGGGGCUCUGCGCCCCUUCUGCCAGGCUACGCACAAGCCCACCACGCUCCUGGAACAGCGAGUCUGGAGCCGGGAGCGCCUGCAGCCAGGAGCGCUGGCACCCUGGACUGAGCCAAGCACCCGGGGCAGCAGCUUUGAGCAGGGCAGGCGCUACGCGCACACCCCAGCCCGGGCCUCAGCCGCCCUCCCCACGCCAAGUAGUCUUACCGCAGGAGGGGGGUGUUGAGGUACAGGGCUCUUUGCUUUGGGGAGGGGGUGGACACCUGCCCUGUCCCUGCAGCCAGGCUCCCCCAGGCAACAGCUGCUCCUGGAAACACAGGGCUUGGGCACGGUCUGGUGCAGAAGUGGCCAGCAGCUGUCCUGGGUCUGGGUCCCCUGGGGCCUCUGCUGGCCGGCUGCCCUCAGAGGGGGUUGUGCUCAGGGAGCCAGGCCCCCUCCAUGGACCACCGCUCCUUCCAGACCCACCGCAGGCUGCUGGGCUGCAGCUGUUUGUCACAAAUACCGCUGCAGCAGGGGUUGCCGGCCCAGGAAACCUCAAUUGUUUUGUUCCACGGUCAAUGAAAAAGCCUUCCCGUCGCCCCCGACACUGGGCUCCAGCCCUGUCGAGCUCUGCCCCAUGUUCAGCAACGGCCCUGCCGGGCUAAAGUGCUACUUAUCUUUAAGAGCUUUUGCAAUAAGUCUUUUUUUUAAUGAUGAUUAUUAUUUUUUUAAUCUUUCUUUUACUUUUAUUGUUGUUAUUUCCAUGUCCUGACCAAAAUUAGGAAUUGGGGGGGUCAGUCCUUUGUAUCCUGCAGUCACCUGAAGACAAAUGGGUCGGCCACGUCCAUAAAUUUUCUUAUGGAUCUUUCUUGCAGUUUUGUUGCUUUUCAUUUUAUUUUUUGGUUUUGUUCUCUCUCUCUCUCUCCCUCUCUCUCUCUUUCUCUAAAGCUUUUAAAGAUGGGGCUUGGAUUUGACCUCGAUGCUCACCUGUUGAGGCAUACAAUUUUUUUAUUUGUUUGUCUGUUUUUAUUAUAAUCAUCCUCAUUUUAUAUUUCUUAUAUAUAAUAUAUAUUACUAUAUAUAUAUAUGUACAUAUAUAUAUAUAUAUACCUCUAUAUGCGCCAUAUCAGUGUAGAUACCCAUCCAGUAGCAUUUAGGCCUUGAUAUUGUGCCAUUUUCUGUUACCGAUCUCUGAAUGCCUUCAAGUGUAUAAAGUGUUGAAUUAUCUCUGGUAUCUGUACUAUGUACACACAUUUUCAUAGGAAGCACAAUAAGAUGACAGAUGCAUUGUACAUCAAACCUGCUACUCUUAGCAAUGAUAUAAAGGAUGGUAUAAAUCAUGAA